GAAAACAGCACGCAGAGAAUGGCAGAUGAGCGAGUGGGUGAGGGGGGAGCACAACAGGCCUCGUACAUCUCGCCCUGGCUCAAAAUUGGACACACAGAAUUUGCCAACUGCAUGAUUGAACGAGGCAUUCAGAAGAUGUAAUAAUUAUUCGAAAUCCCUCUCUCCCCCUCUUGGUUGACUCUCUCACGUUCCAAGCUGCGAAUCGACUUCCUUUUUGCUAUUGCGAAGAUUAUUCGUUUCAAGAAGUGAGGAAAACGGAGAGGGGGAAAGUGUGAAAAUCAUCAGCCUUUGGGGGAACAAGCAAUAGAAAUGAAAAUAAUUUAAACUGAACUUAUAUCCUGGCAGAUCCAACUGUACAAGUCACCAAAGUCACAAUUAAGUAAAUAGUGCAGGACUGCGGAUAAUUUAAUAAGAAUGGCGUUGCAAACGUGAAAACCUGCGUGACAAGCCCAUACAAUAAAAUGUGCAGUGUUCUGCAUCUGGGCACUUAAAACGGACCUUGGGACUUUCAUGUUUGAUAUUUUCAUUUUCAGUGGCAUGCAAAAAAUAGAGAACACUGACACUGUGCAAUUCCCAUGCAUGGAUAAAGCAGAUGUGUAACAAAGCUGACACCUUAUCAUAAAAAACUGAUCACAUAUUACUAUCCUAGAUGGUAAUGUGACCCUUCUGAAGCACCUACGAAAACUUUUGAUUGCUAAGAAAGCAAACUGUGUAUUUACUGGGAGAGAAAAAAUCGACACAAGCAACAUGCAUCAAACAUCCGAGUUUUGCACCAUCUAUCCCUGCCUCUAUGAAAUAGUCGGUCACCAGAUACAAGUCUGAAAAGACUUUAACGGAAGCACACAAAUCAUCUAAAGCUUUUGGAAGCCAAAUAAAAAAAAACUGAUAUUUGAGGAAGGAAAAGAUAUAAGUCCAGCUGUAGAAAAGAUAGUGUUGUGGGUGGUGGAGUCCGAGUUCCUCCACUCCUGGAGCUGGUGGUGUGCACCCUGCACCUCCAUGUCCCAGUGAGUGGGAGAUGUUCCAGUUUGGAAAGUACAACUUGGACAUCAUAGAGAUGCUGAGUGGACACCAACCUCAUCAGUACAAAGGCCUUGGAUUAGAGAGACAGCUGCAACACCAACAGCAAGUUCAACUUCAACACCAGUUACAGCAGCAGCAACAGCAGCAGCAAGCCGAGUCGUCUGGAUCUCUUCUCUCUGGACUUGGUCUGGGACCCCUCCAGGGAUCCCGGAGCAGCUCGUUUUCCGAUUCCUCGUCGAUUUUUGCAAAAAUGAGCGCACCUCCCCCGCCUUUACAACAACAAUCAUUGUCUUCGUCUUCUCAGAGUUCUCGCAAGUCAAGCAAAAUGUCCGGAAGCAGCAGCAGUGGAUACCCUCAGUUUUUGCGCUCUUUUCACCCAAGCGAUGCCGCCCUUGCCCAGGAGCAGUUGCACCCCGGAGUGGGUCGGUUCGAACACUUUGGAGGAAGCAGUAGCAGCAGUGGAAGCCUUGGAGGUUUGGUGUCCUCCGGACCACCACCUCCUCCCCCGUUGCACCCUGGACUCUCUGUUCCUCAAGCCUCGCCUGGGCCGUCUUCUUCUUCCCCUUCGCCGUCAAGCUCAGGAGCGGCCAACAACCCCCCCAGUAGCAGCGCGGUGACGUCCCUGGGCCAUCAACUAGUCGGGGCCCAGUCGGACGCCCGAAGCCUCCACCAGCAGUUCAGCUGCAUGUUGGCGGCCAAUCAGUACUUCCUCUCUGGGGUUCCGGCGAACGCCAGCCUGGAGCAGUUCUUGGUCCAGCAGGGCAGCCACAACCACCUCGGCCUCCCCAGCGAUUCGAGCUCCAGCCUGGCUCCUCCGCCUGCUCUCCACUCCUCGCACUCUCACUCGAACCCCCCGCCGCAGCAGCAGCCACCCCAGCAGCAGCAGCUGCCCCCUCACACCCUGUCACACCCUCACUCCCACCCCCACCACCCUCUUCACUCCUCCUCCCACUCCUCCUCUUCACUGGGUAGUUUUGAUUUUCAAGGCAUCCCCGUCCUGUCCUCCAAUCAGCUGGCUUCCCUGAUGCAACAAGAGGCCGGCCUUCCCCUGCCAUUGCCGCUUCAUCUGUCUCUGUCCAAGGACGACGGGAAAGGUGGAGGAGAUGGCCACGGAGGAAGUGGAAGCAGCGGAAGUCGGAGGAAGAAGGCUAUGGCGGGAUACAUGCCACAAAGGAAAUCUGACGGCAGCAGCAACAACAACAACAGCGGCAGCACCAGCCACAGCUCUUCCAACCCCAACUCCAGCAGCACCAGCUCUGGUGGAGGAGGCCAUAGCCAGAGCUCGUCUUCAGGGCUCAUGGGAGGGGGAGGCGGAGGAGGAGGACUGGGGAUGUCUAGUCAUGGCGGGCAACCCCCGUCCCUCCUCUCUUCAUCCUCCGUGGUGUCCUCGUCCUCCUCUGCUGCACCUUCGUCAUCGUCGGCGGCGGCGUCCGUGCUGGUGACCAAUGGCUCGCACCUCUCCAAGGCCAAUAGUCAUAGGAGCAUGGGACCUCCCUCCUCCCAGCCUGAAGCAGAGGCCCUCUACAAUUGCACCGAAUGCGGGAAAAACUUCACGCACCUGUCCAGUCUGCGACGACACCUGCGCUGCCACGAAUUGACCACAGCCGGAUCGGCUGCUAACAGAAAAAAUAAUCCGAAUCCCAUACAACACCCUGGCGAACGCCCCGUUGGCCAGUCAACAAGCCAGCCGUCAAGUUCUGCACCUGCUACGUCUGCACCUGCUACGUCCUCCUGCCCCGACAGUCCCGACAAGAUGUUCCACUGCUCAGAGUGUGGGAAAGGAUUCAAGAAAAAGGGGCAUCUCAUCCAGCACGGUGUGAUCCAUUCAGGAGCGAAGCCGUUCGCCUGUUCAAUGUGCAGCCGCGCCUUCAACCGCCGCGAGUCCCUAACUCGUCACGAGAAGAUCCACGAGGAGAAGCCGUUCCGUUGCCCCGCGUGCGGGCGCUGCUUCCGCGAGAGCACCUCGCUGUUGAACCACGCCGCCUCCGGCACCUGCGGAAAGCCAGGAAGGCCCGCCAGAACCCGGAGCCCCGGAGGGACUAUCAUACCCGGCAAACGCAGUAAGAGUGGCACAGCCGGUGGUCAAGGAGGGAUGGGUAACAGUGGCGUAGGGUCCUACAGGGGUGAUGGCUACAAUGACGACUACAAAGGCCAGCGCUCUCACCCGUACUCUGGGUCGUCCUCCUGUGGCAGUGGGAUGGGCAGUGGUGGGCAGACGCUGAGGAAGGCCCCCCUGGCCCCCACUCUGCACCCACACCCACAAAGCCAACACCACCACCAACAGCAGCACCUCCCUCUGUCCUCCCUCCUGGACGACUCCGAAGAUGACGUCACAAGCUCCGUUAACAACGCUAUAUCCGCUAUCACCGCUGAUAUGAAUAGUAGUGGCAAUCGAGGCGAUGACCGUAGGGAUAUAAUCGGAGGGCUGCUCGGGGGCCUCGGCCUGGGCCCCAUGGGAGGGGGGCCGUCGUCCACCUCGGGGAUGGAUAAGUCGUACAGGGGAGGAGGCGGGGGCCAGGGAAACAUGGGUGGUGGUAUGGGCCCAAACCAGAAGCCCAAGCGGCCUCGGAAGCCCCGCAAGAAGAAGGAGCCAGGGCCUGGGGGGGUGGUAGUUAAGAGAAGGCAGCCCAGGGGACCCCCCGGGGAGCGCCCGUACCUGUGCAGUAUUUGCGGCAAGGGCUUUGCUAGGCGCGAGACACUACGGAGGCACGAUCGCGUACACAGUGGCGAGAAACCGCAUCACUGCACGGUCUGUGGUAAAUACUUCAGAGAAGCGUUCCACCUCUCCAAGCACCAGACGGUUCACACGGGGGAGAAGAAUUACAAAUGUGGUCUUUGCAGUAAAGAAUUUGGCUACUCACAGAGCCUUAAAAGACACUCUAAGACGCACCAAAAGGGGGAGGUGGAGGAGGUUCCCACCACUCCAGGUGGAGAGAACCUAAACAACUACCCUAGCUCUGGGGGAUCCAGCCAGGAUAGAGGUCAAGGGUCAAGCUCUUCUUAUUACUCCUAUUCACAAGAUGUUAAGCCGCAAGGGUCAGGCAGAUUGUACACCUGCGCUAUAUGUUGGAAAUCCUUCCGUCACCAUUUCCAUCUUACUGCGCACCAUCAGACAGUCCAUGAGCAAGGGGGAGAGAAGCUUUUUUCUUGUGAGGUGUGCGGAAAGGCCUUUGCCUAUUCCAACAGCCUCACCAGACACAGGCUCUCCCAGCAUGGGCUGACUCGCCAGUCAAAUUCACAAGGUGAUGCGAGCGGCUCUGGCACCGGCAACAAUGCCAGCAGCUCUGUAAAUGAGAGCGAGGCUGCCACGAAUGCAUUGUUGCAACUGGCGCCACCUGGUGGAUCGCACGGGGAACAGCAGCAGUCACAUGGCGGCGUGCUCAGCCACGGCCAUCAGCAGCCGCCCCCGCAACCGCAAGCGGGUUACUCCCCAUUGUUUUAUGUCCCAGAUACAAACACGUCUCACCCGUCAUCCUCAAACAACUCCCCGUACUCCAACAUACCACCCCUGAGCCACCAGCAGUCGCCCACGGGUGUGAAAGGUGAGCCUCAUUACCAGUCAGGUACAGGUCACUCGAUGAACACAAACCCAUCCCAUUCAUCCUAUGGGCUAUCCCCCAAUGAAGCCCAUCACCUGCACCACCAUCAGCACCAUUCAGACGAUCUCUACUCCCACCACCACCAUCAUGGCUACCACUCCCAGGACGACCUGAGAAAAAAAAAAAAAAAAAAAAAAAGAAGGACUCGAUUGAGUCAAGGGGGCUACCGGUGGGACGGGAGGAUGGGAGCGGGGCCGAUGGGGAUGGAGAGAGAUCCGAAGAUGAGGAUGUUGCUGAUAAGAAGGCGAGCUAUGCGGCGGAGGCAGCGGCGCUUCAGAAAGCGCAUGGCUCUGCUCUUGAGGAUUAGAAAAGGAGGAAGUGGGAAGAUGUGCGAACUGGCAACGGCUCAAGGGAUGAAGGUUCCAGGCAUAUCAUCUGUACAGAACCCUCUCAAACGCUUCCCUUGCCCCCUCUGCCCACGCGCAAUUUUUUCACGCCGCGCUGCCCUUUUGGUCCAUCAUGCAGCCAAACACUGUCCGAAGGCCUCUUUCCCCAAAGAGCGCCUGAAAUGUACUGUUUGCGGGAAAAAGUCCCGGAAAUUUUGGUCCGCCUUCGUUCACCGGGCCUCUCACUUGUCCAAGGGGACGUUCUCUUGUAAACGUUGUUCCUCGCGUUUCUGGAACGCCACUCUUCUCGCACGGCACAAGUCUUCUUGCCGCGGGAAGCUAGCCGGUUUACGCCGCGGCGGACGAGGACUCAACUCCAAAAUAGAUCUGGAUCCACCAGUGGUGAUCAUAGAUGAUGGAGCAGAAGAAGAAGAAGGCCAGGAGGCCCAACAACCUUACACAUGUGAUGUAUAGACACUUCCCAAUCUAACCAUACGUACAUGUGUGGUGGUGUAUAGACACUUCUGUGUUCACGUGGCUUUGGAAGAAGACAAAACAAAAAAAGGAGAUAAAAGAAAAAAACAGACUUAGAGGUUUGGUAUGUGCAUGCUGGUAUUGAAGAAAUGAUCACAUAUGAAUGGCUCAUGUUGGAUUCUACCAUUUUGGAAGGCACCAAGUACCUCAUGUAUUCAGUGACUGUUUUAGAUGGUGCGUUUUUUUUCCUUUUCAAUAUCAUGAACAGUUUGUUAUCUGAACUAACCUUAAAAUCUUCAAGCAAGCACCCAAAAUCCCAGUUGCAUGGGAUGAUUUUUUUUUCUUUUCUAAAAGGGCAUCACAGUUCCUUUCCAGACUAUCCUUAACCUUUAUGUGCAUUUACAGUACUGUGGAUCAUUAGAUGAGUUUUUCUGUGACUUGCUAAUACUUAGCCCUUUUUCCUGACAGUAACGAUUAGCCCCCACUGUAAUCCAGCAAACUCUGUAUAAGUAUUCUGUCUCUGAUGUGUAUAAUGUGUAGUGGGUGUUCACGUAGAGAUGGUGUGGACAUGAUCUCUGUAAUGUAAAACUGCAUUUAAUAGGAGAAAAGAGGGAUCUCGAGGAAGUGAAGGUAUUAGUUUGAUGAAACUGUCUUUCCUUUUUGGUAGUAUUUUUGUGCAUGUUGGACAUGUUAUACAAGUAUCUUUAGAUGAGAUGAGGUUUGAAAAUCACUAUGUGGCCGUUACACUUUAAAUCGAACUUAAGUAGUGCAAUUUUUUAUUUGUUGCAAUAUUCCUCUCCAAAUCUUGGCCCAUAGGCCAUAGUGCUAAUUUGGAAAGUGUCAAGCUCCUUUCAAGGCGCUAUCAGUAUUUUAUGAAAUUGUUAUAGCAUACACCUUACGAAAUUGACUGAAAUGUUGAUUUGAAAGUGCUUUUCGAUCAUCAAAGUAUAAAACGCAUACUUUGAGUGAAAUUGGAACUACAUCAUGCCUUGCCAAAACUAACUUAAGAAAACAAAGCCUUUAACCAAAAGUCUGUAUUUGAAAGUUGUGGCCUCUUAUUAUGAGAAGUGAUGUGAGCAGACAUGUAGUGUUUUACACGGAGGUUGAACUAGAGAAAAAAAAAAGGAUGGAACAAGUGUACUGUAAUGUAAAUCGUGUUGAUAUUUUAUUACUGUUACAUUGUCUCUCUCUCUCUCUUUUUUGCAAUCAAAUGCCUAAUAUUUAGUUUCUAUCAUUGCUACUUUAUGAGUAGGUGGAACAAGAAUGUGGGAGUUGUCACUGUAGAGCAAAACAUGACUUUAACAUAUUAAUGUGUUUGACACAGCCUUUCAAAACCCUAAACCUUAGCUCUUACACAUGUAUCACUUUUUUUCUCUAGUAGAUAUCCAUACUACGCAUAGCCCUGUUUUCUUCAAAAGAAAGAAAUGAUUAAGUACCUUUCUAUCACUUUAUUUACCUAUGAUAAAAUGGUUGUUGAUUCUAAACAUUUAAUAAAAAUGUAAACUGCA